CCUUAAAAGCCAGCAGCAACAAACCUAUGAUUCAUUUACCUGUUCGAUCAGAUCUCGAAUUCCCUCGUAGUAUCUCACCCGAUUCCAUCUCUGUUAAUCAUAUACAAUGCCCACCAUCGCUGGUCCGAAUUCGUCUCCUUACAAGCAGAUCUUGGUCGUUAGAUCGGAGAAAAUCGGAUCCGCCGGAAAUGACACUCGUCGGAAGCGGAAGCUGAGAUCGGAUUCUGCGAUGGAGGCGGCUUCUAUGCGAGGAAGCCCGAUCUCUACGCCGAUGAAAUGGAAAUCUCCUCGUCGAUCCGCUGCUUGUAGCCCGAGGACACCUGAUAAGGAAAUUAAGGAGGAUUCCAAUGAUGAAUUGGAAAGCCCAGCGAAAUCGGCAGUUAAGAGCCUAUCUGAUUGUUUCGAUGCUAAAUUAAAUUGGAAUCCAAGAGACAAUGCUCAGCUCAAAGCAGUGAAAGAGGCACUGCAUGUAUCUAGAGCACCAUCGAGUAUUGUUUGCCGUGAUGAUGAACAGAGAUGGGUUUUUGAGUUCGUGAAAGAUUGUGUAGAACAGGAAAAGGCUGGUAGUUUGUACAUUUGUGGGUGUCCUGGAACAGGGAAGUCUUUGUCGAUGGAGAGGGUAAAACAACAGGUGAAUGAUUGGGCAAAACAGGAAGGUUUGCCAUCUCCUGAUACAGUGUCUGUGAAUUGCACAUCACUCACAAACGCAGCAGAUAUUUUCAACAAGAUACUUGGCGAAAACCAGGCGAAGGGCAAAGUUAAUGGCUCAUCUUCACCUCUAAAACAUCUUCAGAAUUUGUUUUCUCAAAAGCAGCAAUCUCCCAGCUCAAAGAUGAUGUUAAUAAUUGCAGAUGAGAUGGAUUACUUGAUCACAAAAGAUCGGGGCAUCCUUCACGACCUUUUUAUGCUUACAACUUUGCCAUUUUCUAGGAUUAUACUUAUAGGGGUAGCAAAUGCAAUAGACCUUGCGGAUCGUUUUCUUCCAAGAUUGAAAUCUCUUAAUUGUAAACCCGUGGUUGUCACUUUCCGUGCCUAUUCUAAAGAUCAGAUCCUCAGGAUACUACAGGAGAGGCUUAUGGAACUUCCAUUUGUUGCAUUUGAAUCUAAUGCAUUGGAGCUUUGUGCCAGAAAAGUCGCGGCUGCAUCAGGAGACAUGCGAAAGGCUCUAUGCGUCUGCAGGAGUGCUCUGGAAAUCCUUGAAACAGACGCUAGAGAAUUGACAGAGUCGGAUUCAACAGGUUCUACUCCAGAGAAUCUAAUGGUGAAGAUGACCCAUAUGGCAGCUGCAUUGUCUAGGACUUUUAAAUCUCCAGUAGUAGACACAAUUCAGUCUCUUCCUCAACAUCAGCAAAUGAUAAUCUGUUCUGCUGCGAAGGCAUUCCGAGGACCCAAAAAGGACACAACGCUUGGAGAGCUGAAUAAGCUGUACCUGGAAAUCUGCAAAUCUUCAAUGAUACCGGCGGCUGGAAUCACUGAGUUCUCUAACAUGUGUACGGUUCUAAACGAUCAGGGUCUUCUUAAACUUGGUCAGGCACGAGAGGAUAAGCUAAAGAGGGUAACUCUGAAAGUAGAUGAAUCGGACAUCACUUUCGCUUUGCAGGGAAUCAGAUUCUUCCGAAACUGUCUCCUGUGAUUGGCUCCGACCCAAUUCAAAUGCCUUGAUUCUACCGGGGAACGACGACCGCCAUUGUCCAAAGCAAAUGGAAAUGAUUUUCGGCCCCAAGGAAGGAACCAGCGCAAGACACGGACUGUGCUUCUUCCUUUCUUGUGUUAGACCCAUUUGGAGACAAAAAGACAAGCCCCUUGUCGGUUUCGAAGAAACCCAGCUGAAUAAAAUCUUGAACCGAAAGUAACUGAAAAAGGGUUUUAUGAAUCUUGAGGACCAGAGGAGACAAGCCGAUACCGGAAGAACAUAACUCAAGAAAGGGCUCUCAUACGUUACAGCCGUUGCUAAUGUCCUUCCCAUUUGAUCAAAAUAUUAUAUUGAUGACAUUAUCUUAUAUUUAUAGAAACAAAUCUUGAUAUUUCAAAUUUUCA